AUGCCGCCCUCCGAAGCUGCCAACCGCAACGCGACGCGUUGGGCGAUCCGUAUAGUGCCCAUAGUCAUCUUUGGCGCAUUCGGCUUCUCCGCGUAUGCCGUCGUUGCGCAUCUGUGCGUAAACUAUCUGUACCGUCAGAAGCACCAAUAUGGGACAGCGAUAGUGCUCAUUGUGCUGUACGCAAUCUUCUAUUUGCUCACGCUUUGGUCCUACUUGCGAACAUUGAUCAUUGCGAACACCGACCCUGCCUUCGUACCAUACACCGAACGUCGCGAAACCGCCGAAAAGGAGCGAAAGGCUGCCAAGGGGAAUGGGAAGGCAAAGGGGGGCGAUAUCGAGUCCCAGGAAAGUUGGUUGCCCGCCGAUACAGACCCUGACAGUCCCGGACUCGAGGCGUUCUACAGCAAGGACGUCUUCAUCUGCGAAUCCGACGGACGUCCAAGGUGGUGCUCAUUAUGCUGGAAUUGGAAGCCGGACAGGGCGUCGCACUCAAGCGAGUUGGAGCGUUGCAUGUCUCUCGAUCGGAACGGCGAGCCCCCGCCACGUGCGGAUAGGAGGGCAAAUGUCCCAAGUGAAUCAAAAUCCACGCCACCAAGCGCAGCAAAACGAGAUGCAGCUGCGCGCAAAACAUUUGCACUUGUGAGGACGGAACAAGGGGAGAACCCAUUCGACCUGGGCCCAUGGCGGAAUUUCAAGUCCGUAAUGGGCAACAGCCCGCUCGAGUGGCUACUACCCAUAUGGCAUUCACCAUGUUGCAACCAUGACAGUAUACACAGCGAUUACGAGUUUGGGCCGUUGAUUAAUGAGUUGCGGAAGCGAUACAAGCUCCCACCACCUGACGAGGACACCGAGUUGGCAUCAUAUCAGACCUCGAAUCCGCUCCGUGUCAUUGCGCACAUUGAUCUUGAUGCCUUCUAUGCGCAAUGUGAGAUGGAGAGGCUUGGCAUACCCGAAGAUAAGCCCUUGGCAGUCCAGCAAUGGCAGGGACUCAUCGCAAUCAACUACGCCGCCCGUGCCGCAGGUAUAGGCCGGCAUUGCAAUGUAGACGAGGCCAUAAAACUCUGCCCCGACUUGAUUGCUCAGCAUGUCGCGACAUGGCGAGAGGGCGACGACAAGUGGGCCUAUCGUGAUGAUUCUGCGGCCAACAUUGCGACCGACAAGGUGUCCUUGGAUCCUUACAGGCUACAGUCGCGCAGGAUUCUCGCUACCAUCAAAAACGCUCUGCCCUUAGACCUGCAGAAAGUGGAAAAGGCGAGCAUCGAUGAAGUCUUUCUUGAUCUCUCCGCGCAGGUUCACUCCAUCCUUCUGGAGCGAUUCCCUGAGCUCAACAACCCGCCGCCUUACGAUGAUCCUACCGAAAACCUGCCCCUCCCAUCGAUUACCGCCCUCGAUUGGGAAGCGGACGCUUUGAUUGAUCUUGAUGAGGAAGAAGAGUCGGUUGACCCGGACUGGGAUGAUGUAGCAAUUCUCAUUGGAUCUCAGAUCGUGCGAGAUGUACGUGCCCGCAUACGGCAGGAAUUGGGCUACACAUGCUCCGCGGGUGUAGCGAGCAACAAACUCAUCAGCAAGUUGGGCUCUGCCUUCAAGAAGCCCAAUCGCCAGACCAUUGUACGUAAUCGAGCUGUGGCCCUCUUCCUGCGCGACUUCAAGAUUACGAAGAUGCGCAACCUCGGAGGGAAGUUGGGUGAACAGGUAGUGUCCACUUUCGGUACUGAUAAGGUCAAGGAGCUACUUGACGUACCAUUGGAACAGAUGAAGAACAAGUUGGGCGCCGAUACAGGACUGUGGGUGUACAACACCACCAGGGGCAUCGACACGACCGAGGUCAACUCUCGGACGCAGAUCAAAUCGAUGCUUUCUGCCAAAUCAUUCCGUCCCACUAUCAGCACCAUUGAGCAAGCCGAGAGGUGGCUCCGCAUCUUCUCGGCAGACAUCUUCUCGCGUCUGGUAGAAGAGGGUGUGCUCGAAAACAAAAGACGUCCCCGUACCAUCAACUUGCAUCAUCGUGUCGGUGGGCAGAUGCACUCGAGACAGGGGCCUAUUCCACAGGGAAAGACUCUGGACGAGAACUCGCUAUUUGAGUUGUCGAGGGAUCUUUUGCGUCAAGUUAUCGCUGCUGGCAACGUCUGGCCGUGUGCCAAUAUAAGCCUGAGCGUGGGAGGCUUCGAAGACGGCGUAAAAGGGAAUAUGGGUAUCAGCGCUUUUCUGGUAAAGGGGGAAGAGGCAGAGUCUCUUCGAUCAGCCACUCCUGAAAUACGGCCCAACUCAGCAGGCCCUGACAGAAGCACCAAGAGACGGCGCGUAGGUGACGGUAACAUUCAGCGCUUCUUCGGCAGACAAACUUCAACGGCAGGUGCUAUCACAGACGGUACCUUGCCGGACACUCCUAGCAUGUCUCGCGAUGGAUCUGAAGACCAGUCGGUCGACGCGCCCCAAUAUGUCUGCGCCGUGCAGCAUGCUGAGGCACGCAGAUGCAGCUCGCCCGACAUGCUGCACUGCUCGAGCUGUAAAGAGGAUUUCACAAGUGCAGAGGAGCUACAGAGCCAUCAGGACUGGCACAUGGCCAGGAGCUUACAGGACCAAGAGGAACGUGUCGGCUCCGUAUUCGCCAAUCGUCCUGCGGCUGCGCGCAGCUCGGCCCCAAAGAUCACCGGGUCGGCUUCGAAGCGGACUCGCGGCGGCAAGUUGGAGCAAGGGCAGAGCAGACUCAACUUUGGAUGA